AUGGAGUCCUCCGAGGGCCGUACCAAGGCCUACAAAUUUGUCGCGUACACGGCGGUCAGCUUCGCCGUCGUCGCCCUUCUCUCCGUCGUCUGCACCCUGCCCAUGGUGUACAACUACGUUGCCCAUGUACGCCGGCAGAUGCAGCACGAGCUCCAGUUCUGCAAGGGCUCCGCCCGCGACAUCUUCGACGAGGUCAACCAGAUGAAGCACGCCGCCGUGGUCCACCGCAACAGGACCACCCGCCAGGCCGGCGGAUACGGUGCCCCCGUUGUCAACCCCGAGCCCGAGUUCACCUGCGAUGGGUGCUGCUUGCCCGGCCCGCCCGGAGCUCAGGGAGCCCCUGGACGCCCUGGAAAGCCUGGUCGCCCCGGUGCCCCCGGAGCCCCUGGAGCCCCUGGAAAGCCGCCGCUUGCCCCCUGCGAGCCGACCACCCCGCCCCCGUGCAAGCCUUGCCCCCAGGGACCCCCCGGCCCACCCGGACCCCCUGGAGCCCCCGGAGACCCCGGAGAGGCCGGAACCCCUGGACGCCCCGGAUCCGACGCCUCGCCUGGACUCCCCGGACCCCGUGGACCCAACGGACCCCCCGGAGAAGCUGGAGCCCCUGGACCUGCUGGAGAGCCCGGAGUGCCCGCCCAAAGCGAGCCCCUCACCCCCGGACAGCCCGGAGAGCCCGGAGAUCAAGGACCCACUGGACCCCCCGGCCCUCCCGGAGCCCCCGGAAAGGACGGACCCCCCGGCCCACCCGGACCGAAGGGAGCCCCCGGACCCGAUGGACCCCCCGGAGCCGAUGGAGGCGUCGGUCCGGCUGGACCCCCCGGACCCGCUGGAUCGGGCGGAGAGAAGGGUAUCUGCCCCAAGUACUGCGCCAUCGACGGAGGCAUCUUCUUCGAGGACGGAACUCGCCGU